GAUAGCGGAAGUGGGGCGCUUCCGGGGCGAUGGCGGCCGGCGGCAGCCUCAGCCGCUCGGAGCGGAAGGCGGCGGCGCGCGCCGAGAUCCUUCAGCAGGAGGAGCAGCGGGACCGGCGGAGACAGGUUUCCCGCAUCUGGAGGAAGCCGCCGGCGGAACGGAGCCCCGAGGAGUGUCAGGUGCUGAGCGAGAGCGAGGACAUCGUCCGGGAGCUGGAGAGGCGCCGCAAGAGGCGCGAGAGGCUGCGCCGGCGGCAGGAGGAGGUAUGUGAUGAGCCAGAGGAGCUGAAGAGAAAGGUCAUUGAGCUGGCUGCUGCUAUCCGGAAUGCCAAGCACCUUGUCAUCUACACAGGAGCAGGGAUCAGUACGGCAGCUUCGAUCCCAGACUACCGAGGCCCCAAUGGCAUUUGGACAUUGCUGCAGAAGGGCAGGAGCAUCAGCACUACAGAUCUGAGUGAGGCAGAGCCCACGCUCACCCAUAUGAGCAUUGCUUGCUUACACAAGCAUAACCUGGUGCAGCAUGUGGUAUCUCAAAACUGUGAUGGGCUGCACCUGCGAAGUGGGUUACCUCGAUCAGCAAUCUCUGAGCUUCAUGGAAACAUGUACAUAGAGGUCUGCACUUCGUGUACACCCAACAGAGAGUAUGUGCGAGUAUUUGACGUGACAGAACGCACAGCCCUGCACAAGCACCACACUGGCAGGAUGUGCCACAAGUGUGGGGCGCAGUUGAGAGAUACAAUCGUCCACUUUGGGGAGAAGGGGACACUGACACAGCCCCUGAACUGGGAAGCAGCAACAGAAGCUGCAAGCAAAGCAGAUGUGAUUCUUUGUCUGGGUUCCAGCUUAAAGGUUUUGAAAAAAUACCCCCGCCUUUGGUGCAUGAGCAAACCCCCACCUCGUCGUCCAAAGCUCUAUAUCGUCAACCUGCAGUGGACGCCCAAGGACGACCUGGCUGCCCUGAAGCUGCACGGCCGCUGCGACGACGUCAUGCGGCUGCUGAUGGAGGAGCUGGGCCUGCAGAUCCCCGGCUACGAGCGGGCGCGGGACCCCAUCUUCGCGCUGGCCGAGCCGCUGCGCCCCGAGGAGGAGGGCACGCACAGCCGGAAGCCGGUGGCCCCGCCGCAGGGCACCGAGCCGGCAGCGGCACCGCGGGACGAACCCCCCGCCCGGCCCGGCGGCUGGUUGGGCCGCGGCUGCGCUAAGGGCACCCGGCGCAGGAAGAGCAACUGACGGCGGGGGCGGGGCGGGGCGGGGCGAGACGGAGCGCGGGGCGUCGGCCCGCCCCGGCCGCCGGUGCUGACGCGCCCCAAGAUGGCGGCGGGGGCGGGCGCGGGGCGGGGCGGGCGGGAGGUCCCGCUCGGCGGCGGCGCCGCCGGUGACAGCGCGGCCAUGCUGCGCAACGGGGCGGCGGGGGGCGGCGCGGCGGCACAGCGGCCCGUGCGCGUCUGGUGCGACGGCUGGUGAGUGCGGGCGGGAAUAAAGCGAGUCGGCUGCGCUGCGCCUCCGCUCCUCUGUCACCGCCGUCGGGGUGCGGGGGGGGGGCGGCGGGCGGGGCUGCGUGCCGGGGGGGGGC